UCAGACGUGUUUGUGUUUCUCUUUUCUUAGCUCAGUGAGUACCGGGUAUGUGUCACACUGCCAAAUCCCCGAUCACAAGUCUCCAUGAACUGGCGGUGAGCUGGGAUAAUAAAACCCCUGACAUCACCAUUCCAGAAGCUUCACAAGACUGCAUAUAUAAGGGGCUGGCUGUAGCUGCAGCUGAAGGAGCUGACUAGCCAGCUGACCCCUGCAUUCACUUAGCAGCCAUGGACAUCGCCAUUCACCACCCCUGGAUCCGGCGCCCCUUCUUUCCUUUCCACUCUCCCAGCCGCCUCUUUGACCAGUUCUUCGGAGAGCACCUGUUGGAGUCUGACCUCUUCCCAACAUCCACUUCCCUGAGCCCCUUCUACCUUCGGCCACCCUCCUUCUUGCGGGCACCCAGCUGGAUUGACACUGGACUCUCAGAGAUGCGUAUGGAGAAGGACAGGUUCUCUGUCAACCUGGAUGUGAAGCACUUCUCCCCAGAGGAACUCAAGGUCAAGGUGCUGGGAGAUGUGAUUGAGGUGCAUGGCAAGCAUGAAGAGCGCCAGGAUGAACAUGGUUUCAUCUCCAGGGAGUUCCACAGGAAAUACCGAAUCCCAGCUGAUGUGGAUCCUCUCACUAUUACUUCAUCCCUGUCAUCUGAUGGAGUCCUCACUGUGAAUGGACCAAGGAAACAGGCCUCUGGCCCUGAGCGUACCAUUCCCAUCACUCGUGAAGAGAAGCCUGCUGUCACUGCAGCUCCCAAGAAGUAGAUGCCCUUCCUAAUUGCAUUUUUUAAAAUAAGAAAGUUUCCCUACCAGUGAAUGAAAAUUUUGUGACUACUGCUGAAGCUUAUUAAUGCUAAGGGCAGGCCCAAAUUAUUAAGCUAAUAAAAUAUCAUUCAGCAACAGA